AUGCAGCUCUCUCCGCUGCAGUCACGAUUUGCCGCGUCAGCCAUCGCCACGGUUGUCCUGAUCAUCAUAUACUUCACCCUUUUCCCACCACAAUUCGCCUUCGCUGAGGAAAUCAGCCAUGGCUCGCCGAUAAUACUGGACGGCUCGGCCGGCUUUGCAGAUGCAGAGUUAGAGACGAGAGAUCUCUUGUACGAGCCAGAGUUCGAUGCCUUCGACCGGAGUAUACUUGGGGAGGUGACGAAAAGGGAUACACUGUCUUUGUCGAACAACGUCCCCAACCAGAUGAACCUCAAUGCCGGCGACACGCUGGUGUAUACUUUCCCAAGCUCGCAGCUGUCGAGCAGGCAGGAUGCCGCCUCGUUAGAGCUGCGGGGAGAGGCCGGGACGUCCGAAGAGGAAGAAGUGGAUGUCUUCGCAGACUUGGACGAACCAGACCAGCUAUCCAAGCGAGCUACUGGCACGAUGGUGUAUAUUUCGGCAAACACAUGUUUGCAGCCCACGGGGAAUUCGACGACAGCAUCGGAGCCCCCACAGCUGACGCUCUACGUGUCCAACUCGACAGACAACACCUCCCCAGGACCGUCGGCUGAUGCGAGCAAGCAGGAGGUCGUGCCGUUCAAAGAGGGUGCGGUCAUGUUCAACUUCACCGCCUCGGAUGAUCUCUACAUGGGCGUCUCUGCGAGCAAUGUGUCGGAAGACUUCUCGGGGAUAUACAACUUCCAAAUCGCUGCGUCAAUCGACAUGUGGUACCACAGCUACAACGAGUCCAUGAGUGACGAGCUCUUCUGGGUGGACAGCGACACGACUUCGGUACUCCUCAUGACACAAAACCUGACCACCACUCGGGACAAGGACACAGAGCAACGGCUCAUGGACUCGAGGCCAUAUGUCAUGUUCGCACAGAACGAUGCCGUCCCUUCUAUCAACGGCAUGAGGUACUCGUACUGUGGCUUGGACAACUAUGCCCAGAUUGCUGCUGUUAGAAACGGCAAGGAAACAACUCAGAUAACCACGGGCAUAACGAGGCGAGGCGCAGGCGGACACCCCAAGCAGCAGUUCUACUUUAGUGGCCUGAAUGCCAGCUCCAAGUACCAGGGAAUUCUGGCAAGGAACGCAAACGCCACGGCCGACGUCAACGUUCCAGGAGGUGGUGGCCAUGUCUUGCGAGCCACCACCUUCGAAACCAAGUCGACCGGCGGCAACUGUGCACUCGUCUUCAACCUCACCUUCUGCGACCAGGUCGCCUACGCCGUGCCCAGCAACAACGUCACCUUCCCCAAUACCACGCUGCUGGGCCAAUUCUAUGACCUGUCCGCGCAGGCGCUCUGGGACGGCUUCAACAAGUCGCUGCAGCAGAUCCCGUGCGAGGCGCCGGACCAGCAGCAGUACUCGCUGGUGCGCAACUGCACGACGUGCGCGUCGGCGUACAAGAACUGGCUGUGCUCGGUGACGAUCCCGCGGUGCGAGGACUUCUCGGCGACGGACCCCUGGCUGCAGCCGCGGGCGAUUAACGAGACGCUCCCGGACGGCUCGCGCCCGGCGCCGGAGCUCCUCGCCCCCUACGAGGGCUCCCAGCAGAGCCAGCUCAGCUUCCAGCGCAGCCGCAACCCCAUCAUCGACGAGACGAUCAAACCGGGCCCGUACAAGGAGGUGCUCCCGUGCGAGGAGCUGUGCUACGAGCUGGUGCAGAGCUGCCCGGCCGCCCUCGGCUUCGCGUGCCCGCGCCCGUGGAUGACGGGCUUCAACACCAGCUACGGCGUCAGGAGCGCCCUUAACGACCAGGGCAACAUCACGUGCAACUACCCUGGGUCAUUCCACUUCUACGACGCGGCGCCGGGCCUGGCUGUGCCGUGGCUUCUGGCGUCGGCGCUCUUCCUGUCUGCCACAGCGGCGGUCUGGUAG